AUGAAUCAUAUUUCAUUUGGAGAUUCGAGUUCCGGGUCGCAGAUUGCGAUCAAUAAUGGCACCGUCAACAAUCAGUUCAUUUCUGAUUUCGCCGAAAAGUUGCCUCUAGUCCACGAGGCCACAUUCGAUUCCUUCGACAAUCAGCAUGAACCCGAGUGCUACACAGGCACACGAAUCGAUCUCCUCUCUCGGAUUGAUGAUUGGGUGCAGUCUCGAGAUUCUUCUGAUUCAAAAUGUAUAUUUUGGUUGAACGGAAUGGCCGGGACGGGGAAAUCGACGAUCUCUCGCACUGUGGCAAGACGAGCCAGCGACACGAAGACUUUAGGCGCAACUUUCUUUUUCAAAAGGGGCGAGGGAGACCGAGGGACUGCUAAAAGCCUGUUCACAACGAUUGCACACCAACUUGCCGGCAGCCUUCCGGAAUUGCUGCCCUCCAUCAAGCAAGUAAUUCGUGACAAUCCAGAAAUUGCGUCGAAAACCAUGAAAGAACAAUUUGAAAAACUGAUCAUGUGUCCACUCCUAAACUGGAAACCCAACACCUUUUCGUCGCCCCAGCCUAUACGGAUAAUAAUCAUAAUCAUCGACGCACUGGAUGAAUGUGAAGGAGCAAACAACAUUCGAUUGAUACUGCAACUUCUACCACAACUCCAAAAAUCAACACGAUUACGUCUUCGAGUGUUUUUGACCAGCAGACCUGAAUUGGAUAUCCGCAUGGGGUUUUCCGGGAUUUCAGAUUACAAAGACUUCAUUCUCCAUCAAAUCCCUAAAGAAUUGAUCGAUUACGAUCUUUCAUUGUUCUUGCGCCAUAAAAUUUCCGAGAUUACAAACGAACGCUCGCUUCCUGCAGAUUGGGUGGACGAUUCCACCUUUCAAGAUCUUGUCUCACUAUCCUCUCCACUAUUCAUCUUCGCUGCCACUAUUUGCCGUAUGCUGGAAGACCAUUAUUUCGAUCCAGUGGAGAGUCUAACCCAAAUACUUCGGUUCCCCCACGAUAUCUCGCAGCUCGACAAAACAUACUACUCUGUUUUAAACCGGAUUUUCCAUGAUUCGUAUGCAGAUGGUAAACAGCAGAUUGAAAAGCUGGCAACAGGAUUUCGACAAGUGGUAGGAGUCAUUGUGAUGCUUGAGAAUCCUUUAUCGAUCGUGUCGCUUUCAAAAUUCAUUAAUCUUCCCGAAAGUACUAUACGUACCAGGCUAGAUCCAUUACAUUCAGUUCUCAAUGUACCAGCGCAUGAUCGAAACUUACCGGUUCGUCUCUUUCAUUUGUCAUUUCGCGACUUUCUUCUCGAUCAUGGCAGUCGCGAUACAAUGCCAUUUUCUAUCGAUAUCCCCCAGACCCAUCUGAACAUAGCUGUGAACUGUGUGCGCCUCAAUCAACAGCAUCUGCGCAAGAACAUAUGCCAAUUGUCGGACGAAGGCACACCGCGUGUGAAGAUUGGUUCUUCGGCAAUAAAUCGUCAUAUCCCUCCAGAAGCACAGUAUGCAUGCCGCUACUGGACUCACCAUCUAGCGCACUUCAUGGAAAUGACUUCUUCAGAUUGCAGAACCGGAGGGGCUGAAUUGAUGAGUGACGUUUCUUCAUUUCUACAAUCGCAUUCUUUACACUGGGUAGAAGCUAUGAGCAUUCUUGGUGUCAUAUCGGAAGUGGUAGGGAUGAUCGACAUUCUCUUAAAUCUCAUCCCAGUAAGUCACCCCCUCUGGACCGAACGGGGGAUAUUCAACUUAUUCCUUGAAAAGAACCAAGACUCAAUAACUCUCGAAUACCUGCGCUAUACAAAACGCCUGGUUCUGAACAGUUCACACAUAAUCGAUGCAGCACCCCUUCAGAUUUAUUGUGCGGCAUUAGUAUUCGCACCUCAGAACAGAAUCCACGAGAGGUUAGCGGGCGACCUGCCUUCUUGGAUAAGCAAAUUACCUCAGAUAGAGCCUAGCUGGGGACCAGAAUUACAAAGCUUUGAGAAUGAUUCGAACGAAAUUCGAAAAACCGUUUUCUCCCCUGACGGGCGAUUCUUGGCAUCUUUAUCUUGUUCAAUACAUGUGCGGAGCUUCCCGACUGGCACCUUGCAAUGUAUCCUUGACACAAUACAACACUGGAGGUUAAGAAAAAUGGAGUUUUCACCAGAUAGCAAACUUCUGGCAUUCAUGUCUCGGUUUGCAAUUCGAGUCUGGGACCCUGUGACAGGUGCCUUGCGGUUCAAAUAUGAUCUUGAGAGCUCGAAAUCGGAACUCAAAUGUUUUUCAUUCAUCGAUAUUGCUCCACCUACAUGCGAAGAUGCAGAAGUCUCUCAUAAAGGCCAAUUAUUGGUAUCUUUGGCUACAAAUGGCCGACUGAUUCUUCAUGACCUCGAUGGAGACCAGCCGAGUCGCAACUUGAAGAGCAAUCCAGGGGCUGUUUGCUCGUUCGCGAUCUCCUGUGACAGACAGUUUCUGGCCUGUGGUAUUCAAAAUGGCACAGUGCAUCUUUUCGAGCUUUUGACGGGUCGGCUAACGGCUACUUUGACGGGCCAUUCGACCGAAAUCCUCGAAGUGAGGUUUUCCCCCGAUAGUAGGCUACUGGCAUCUGUCUCCAUCGGUACUGUCCGACUCUGGGACCCUGUUCAGGCAGUAUUGCGCUCUGAGCUAAUGGUUCAUGGCAUUCAUCAAACAAUAUUUUCCCCUGAUAGCAGAACAAUAGCCAUCAUGAUGAACAAUGAAUCGCCAUCAUACCUGUGGGAUAUCAAAAGAGACAAGGCUUGCGAGAUCACGAACUCUGAAGCUCGACUAAGUGAGAUUGUCUUCUCACCCAAUAGCUCUCUGUUGCUCGCUGUUGGGUCAGAAUCAAAGAUCUAUAUAUGGAGCCAUGAGAAAGGCGCAUGGAAAAGGGACCAUGAUAUUGGCUCCAGCUCGAGAGAAGUUUACUCCGCAGCCUUCGUACCUGACCCUACCUGUCUUAUACUGGCUUUUGGAUCCCGGGAUGGUCUAGUACGCCAAUGGGAUCUUUCUGAUCGGGCCCUCCUGGAGAAUCGUGUUGAAACGAAUAAGAUGUUCCUCUCGCCUAAUGGGCAGAUUUUGGCAUCCAAUGAUGGCUAUAUUUUUUCCGUUUGGGACUUCAUGACGGGCACCAGGAAGGUGAGGUACAAGUUUGAUAUCCCUCGUGAAGAUGCCUGGGUUGAUUGGGUUGAAUUUCCGGUUGCCUUCUCAGAUGACAACAAGUGGGUGGCAACAAUCAUCUCCCAUAACCAAGGAAUAUUGGUUUGGAGCAUGAGAACAGGAGCCUUGAAGCAGACUAUCACGUCCCUUCUCUUUUCUGUUCGCUGGCGCGAUCUGCCUUGGCUACCAAACUCACUCAUGCUGACAUUCUCCAACAACGGUCUUUUAGCGUGUCAUUGGGACAGCACAGUCAUUAUGUGGGAUGUUACCACCGGUGCUGAGCUACGAUACUGGGAAGAUGUUGGUGAUAUUACGAAAUUGGGGUUUAUUGAUGGUGGUCCAUAUCUGGGAACUGACAAGGGUGUCUUGGGUCCUGGUGAGGAUAUCCGACAGCAAAACCCAUUCCAUGUGAGAUUUUUAUCGCGACGGAAGGCUCGAAUACAUGAAAGAGAACUCAGCAUUGUGGAUCCAAAAUGGGAAGUGGAACAGAGAGGUGAUUCGGAAGAUGAUUGGGAAGUGGGACAGAGAGGUGAAACCCCAGAUCUGGAAUACUAUGAGGCACUAGGGUUAGUAGUUUUGCCACAACCCCAGAGGGAAGAACGUCAACGCCAGAGGGAACAACGUCAACGCCAGAGGGAACAACGCCAGAGGGAAGAACGUAUCUACCUUAAAUUUGAUGGAUGGAUAGCCUUGAACGGGAGAUGCGUGCUCUGGCUUCCCCCUGAGUUUCGCCACGGAAAUCCUAUUAUCAUCGCUCACGGCGAUAGGGUUGCUUUGGCGCACGCAUCACGGGGUAUUCUUUUCUUACAAUUUUGUGUAUAA